AACCAAGCUAGAAAGUUAUAUGAGUGAAAUUUAGAGUAUAUCGAUCGGUACUCGAUCUACACACAGGAAAAUGAGGUUAAUCGAAUGAACCCAGUAAGUGAUUCAUUGGUGUGCCUGACUCGACCCAGUUUCAAGCCCUCUAGUGUUGAACGAAGCUGACUCUACAGCACUCCAUACCCCAUAGUCCAUACUGAGGUUCCCGUUGGUUGAUCCUCUGCUGCGCUGCGUGUUGACAAGUGUGGACCAAGGACCAAUGAUUCCAUAGAUCGCUUAAGUCCACGAAAUUCCUGUGGCCUUGGGAUUGAGGAGAGAGAGCUAACAGGAUGUCGUGGUCAGGCGCUUAUGUAAAAGUGAAUAGCGAGGCCAAUGCACGGCGCAUUGCCAUGGUGGAGUCCUGCUUUGGGACCUCUGGCCAGCCCCUCAACGAGCCUGGCCGGGUGCUGGUGGGCGAGGGUGUGCUCACGAAGAUGUGCCGCAAGAAGCCCAAGCCACGCCAGUUCUUCCUCUUCAAUGACAUACUAGUGUACGGCAACAUUGUCCUCAAUAAAAAGAAGUACAAUAAGCAGCACCUCAUACCGUUGGAGGAAGUUAAGCUUUCCUCCCUAGAGGAUGAUGGACAGUUUCGUAAUGGCUGGCUCAUCAAGACCCCAACCAAAUCCUUCGCAGUGUAUGCAGCGACAGCCACAGAGAAGUCUGAGUGGAUGGCUCAUAUAAAUAAGUGCGUCUCGGAUCUCCUGCGCAAGAGCGGCAAGAAGGCAGCAGAGAACCAUGCAGCAGUGUGGGUGCCAGACAGUGACACUACCAUCUGUAUGCACUGCAAGAAGAGCCAGUUCACCCUCAUCAAUAGAAGGCACCACUGUCGCAAGUGUGGCAAGGUGGUAUGUGGGCCAUGCUCCAGCAAGAAGGUUAUCCUCCAACACCAGUCCAGCAAACCCCUCCGAGUCUGCCUUUCCUGCCAUGACGAAAUCUCUUCAGCACAAACACAGCCCAACGACUCUGGAAACCUCAAUACCAUGCAUGACUUGGGAGGCUCCCAGUCUGAUGGUGAGAAGGACUCGAGUGAUGAGCUGGAUAUAGUCAUGUACCUCAAUCCCUAUGGUCGUCCAGCCCCUGAUGACCCUAGUGGCCCUGUUGCCCCGCCCCGCCGCACCAGCCGCACCCAGAGCCAAGGCACAGAGCAGCAGGCUGGAGAGAAAGUGAAGAAGGCUGACCUGAUUGAUUUGAGUGGUGGUCUCUUUGGGGAGGAGACAGGUGAUGGGGAUGAUGAUGCCCCGCCCCCAACCCUGUGGUGGGACGAUAUUGACUUGAAGAAAGCAGGUCAUGACAAUGGUGGUUAUGGUGAUGAUGAUGAUGGUGGUGAUGAUGAUGAUGAUGAUGAUGAUGAUGAUGAUGAUGAUGGUAAUGUGGAAGAAGGUCUGAAAGAGCGUGCCAAUGACUCUUCAGGUGACGAUGACUCGGAUGAAGACACUGACGACCCAUCCAUUCAGACCCACCCUUCAGCCACCGAGACCAUGACCUUCUAUGAAGGGGGCGAGUCCAGUAAUGGAGAGACGCAGGCCACCGUAGAUGUUCCUGCUGACAAUGCUGCCUUGCCCUCAGAGAAAGAAACCAAUUCCUCUCUCCAGCACCUUACUGACUCCACUCCAGCUGCUGUUGAUGCCACCCCAGUAACACCUAGUGAGCAGUAGUGGCAAAUGAGGGGACUACUAGUUGUGGUACAUGUGUUGAGUCCCUGCUGCCAUUCCUGACAACCCUUCCAUUUCAGGCUGGGGAGUGAGAAUGUUUUGUUUCUAUUGAAUUUCAUGGAAAUGAGUGAUGUGUAUUAUUUGAGAACAAGUGUUGCCAGUCCUUGGUGGCACCUGGUUCCUCUCCUCAGCAGCUACCCACAGCUGCGACCUGAGUUUGGUGAUCUGUGGGUUUGUGAUAUAAUGUAAACUUUGUCGUGUGCAUCUUGAUAGCUGCAUGUAACUGCUGCUGCACUGUUCCUGCCACUUGGAGCCAUCCUUAAUAACAUGUUUGUGCCUGUGAAGUUGCCUAAUCACAUUGUCAUAAAGCCAUAUGCAUCCAUUCUUAUUUUGUUAUUAUUAUUAAUUUUUUUUUUUUACAAAAAAACUUGGUUUGUAUUCACUUAUGAAAUAUAACUGCAAAUUUAUUUUCACCAAGCCCACUCUGGUCUCCAUGACAAGUGAGGGAUGGCCAGCUGGGUGCCAGAAAUUAACUUGGCUAUCACUUUUGUAUGGAUCUUGAUCAGUUUUCCUUCAAUUGGAUGGAUAUUUCAUGAAGUGAAAUAAUGACUUUAUUGGCUGAAGAGACACUUACUUUUUGGGCACAGUGAUGCGUUCUCAGUGUAUUAUUCAUCAUCUUUUAUUUUCUCAUCAAUAUUCUUUGUUAUUCCACAUGCUCAUCAUAGUUUUAUGCCUAAUGUUAUGUUACUAUUACAUUUCUAGUGUUUGUUAGUGUAUUUGUAUGUGAUUGUUUGAUUUAGUGUUUUGAUCCAUAGUUUUAUGGUGUUGUCAUGUGUAGGAUACUAUGACCACAGUGUUUGUGUACAUUAAUGAGUGGAACUUGGGAUACAGUUAGGUAGAGUUCUGUAUAAAUUGAGUGCCUAAUCAUAAAUGUAAGUGACAUACACAGUUUAUGCAGUAUAACAAUUUUUUCAAUGGAUGGCUGUUGGUCCACUUCACUUUAUAGGUAUUGACAGUACACUUGAAGCAUUUUCACACCUGAUGCAAUGUAAUGAUGCUAUGCUUGAUAAAAUAUCAUAAAUAUCUGAUCAUUUUACAGAAAUCUUUAAUUCUCUUUCUAAAUUUGUUGUUUUACAAAUGAUUUGUUCCCAUGUCCUUAAGACUCAUCACAUGGAUAUUUGUAUCACAGCUUACAGAUAACCAUUCUGGGUAUUGAGCUACUAUAAUACUAAGACAUGUACUAGCAAAGCCUUGUAAAUAUUAAAUGGCUGUUUUGCCAGGAUAAGAUACUCUAGGAGACAAGCAUUGAGGAAACAAUUUGAAAAAUCUAAUGAGUUUGCAAUUUGUAUAUAGUAUCAGUGUGAGGAUGAUGCACAUGAUGCUUAUAUAAAUAACUAUCAUGAUCUUAAAAGUAACAUAUGAUAGAAAACCACAUGAUUUUACAUCUGCUACGUAGCAAGCAUUACAUUACAACUUCUGGUGUGAAACUGACUUCACUCUUGCCUAAUUAGAACAAAUGGGACUGAACUUUGGAUUUCAAGGAUGGCCAUUUUUCCCAUCUUCUUUACAAGAUUUAGAUUGAUAGUGAACCCAUUCAGUCUUGUAAUGUGUGCUUUUAUGUUGUCCUGUGGAUGAUAAAGAUCUAUGGAUGCUUAAGUUAAUAAUGCUCCUACAAGUUGAAAUCUUGUCUGUAUUAUUGGAGUAUCUAUGCACUCAAUCUUCAGACAAAUUUCUUUUGUCUUUUAAGAGAUAUGCAUUUGGCAUAAUGUGAAUAGUACAGGAAGUCCUUGAAUGACUUGUAACUAAAGCACUGACAUCAGUAAUCCCACAGUACAGAAACUUUCUCAGGGUAAUUUUGUUAAUUUUCUAGAUAUUAACAUCCACUGGGUAACUAUUAGGUUUCCAUUGCUGUAAAUGUUAUACUAUCUUGUUAGCAAGUACCACUGUUGUGUAGUUUUGUAUACAAAUUAACACAAUAAUUUGUUCAAAGGCAAAAGUAUGUAAGAAUAACGUUCUGUGGGAUACCUUGGACUAAAUUGUUUAGUUCAGAACAUGCUGUGGGAUACCUUGGACUAAACUGUUCAGUUCAGUACUUUUUUCAAUGUCUAAUUUUUGAGGUGGGAGGAGAUAAUAUUCAAUUUCAGUAAAUAUUUCAUAUAUUUACUUAGUUUGGUAGCAGCCAGUUUGUUUAUAUUAAAGUUCAUUGAUCACUAAUUUAUUUUCUACAAUUAAAAUGGCAGGCUGGCUGUACUUAAACCAGUGUUACAAAGAAGGUUUCCUUUGACCGACAACCCUUUUCCCACCACCUAACUUUGCUAAAGUAAAAUAGCCUUCCUUUUUAUUGGUCAAAGUAAUUUUAUGGAAAAAUUAUGGAUGAGAUUUUGUAGAAAAGUUAGGCUUCAGCUAUGGAUUCAAUGUUAGUUACAUUGUUUGAGCAGGUAUAGGUGGGGCCUAUGGAUUCAGUGUUACUUACAUUGUUUAAGCAGGUUAUAAGUGGGUACAUCCAACAUUAACGUACCCAUUUUCAAACAUUGGUAUUUGUAUCUUAUAUUUCAUUCUACUUAUGCCGUUUUAAAAAACUUUCUCAGUGCUGAUGGCAUACAACCUUUAUUAUCACCUCUACUGCAAGACACUUUGUGCAGAUCUGUCACAUAGUAUAUUUGUUUAUAUAUACAUAUUUUGAUUGCCUUGGUUUUGUUGGAGACUGUCUGAGGAACACCACUUAGUUGAAAGAUUUGUUCCUGGUGUAAUAUUGGCUUUUAGGUGUAAAUUUAUUUAAUGAUUUGUCAUCUAUUUAAAGUUUGGGGUUUAAAAAGGGAUGUGGGAAUUCUCUUAUAGGGAAUCAGGUUCAGUAGUGUUUGACAUUAUAUUAAGAAUUUCUGGAAAUUGUGGAGGAAUGUAGUGGACAAGGAAAAAAAAUUGUAUACAAGCAAAUCUUAAUUCCAUUCAAUUUU